AUGGCUGUUAAGGAUGAGAACGCGCAGUCUGAUUCGGAAUUGAGCUCUGUGCCGGACGCUUCCGGCUCGGAAGGGAGAGAGACGAAUCCUAGCAGGAAACGGAAAAGGAGACAGGCCGCGCCGGUGAUGCUCAAGCGGGAGAGCAAAGAGGUGUCCAUAACGAGUAUUGCGUCACCGAAGAAGGCAGGAAAGCCCAAGAAGGCGCGCCGGGUACCUGCGAAGAAGGUCGUAGGAGCAGACGGGAGAGUCAAGGUGGAACCGCCACCCAAUUGGGAAGAGAUAUAUGCUCUGACCAGAGAAAUGCGCAAUGAGAUGGUUGCGCCCGUCGAUACAAUGGGAUGUGCAAGUCUGGCAGAUCGCAAGGCCUCGCCAAAGGACCAGAGAUUCCAAACACUCGUUGCGCUGAUGCUCUCAAGUCAAACGAAGGAUACGGUGACCAGCGUUGCUAUCAAAGGCAUGCAAGAUAAUAUGCCUGGAGGCUUCAAUAUCGAAUCUGUCCUCGCAAUUGACCCUCCCGCACUAAAUGCGUUCAUCAACAAGGUGGGCUUCCACAAUCUCAAGACCAAGUACAUAAAGCAAGCGGCAGAGGUCCUCCGCGACAAAUGGGCCUCAGAUAUCCCCGACACCAUCCAAGGCCUCAUCUCCCUCCCCGGUGUGGGACCGAAGAUGGCAUAUCUCUGCAUGAGCGCAGCUUGGGGAAGAGACGAAGGCAUCGGCGUCGACGUCCACGUGCAUCGUAUCACUAACCUCUGGGGUUGGCAUAAAACAAAGCAGCCGGAGGAGACAAGGGCUGCCUUGGAGUCGUGGCUCCCGAAAGACAAAUGGCACUACAUCAACAACCUUCUCGUCGGUUUCGGGCAGACAAUAUGCUUGCCCGUCGGGAGGCGGUGUGGGGAGUGUAAGCUGGCGGAGAGGGGCCUCUGUCCUUCGGCAGUGGUAGGAAAGAGUACAAAAGUCAAGGAGGAGGCGGCGAUCACGAAGCUUGAGCGGCCCAACGGUGAGGCCGUUGUCCGGCAGAAGACGGUUGUGGCCAAAGAGAGCGAUGUCACAGCUGAGGAUGUGGAAGGCGCGAUACCCGACAUUGAAGACAUAGGGAAGGCGCCGCCCAGGCGCAGUGCUCGGAAAGCAUUGUAG